GAAGAAGAACCGGAAGUGUCACUCCUGCUGUAGGCGCUAGCUAAAGCUACGUCGCUGCAAUCGCCUCACCGGAUUAGGGGUUUGACGACAGGAACAGCCGCCUCAUCCCGGGUCCAGUCACAAACACCCGUCUUCACUGGGGUCUCUGGAGAGAUGAACAACAACGGGAAUAAGAGAGCUCCAACCACAGCCACUCAGCGACUCAAGCAGGAUUACCUCAGGAUAAAGAAAGACCCUGUGCCUUACAUCUGUGCAGAACCUCUCCCCUCCAACAUCCUAGAAUGGCACUAUGUGGUCCGAGGUCCUGAGAAAACUCCAUACGAAGGAGGAUAUUACCACGGAAAACUAAUUUUCCCCAGAGAAUUUCCUUUUAAACCACCAAGUAUCUAUAUGAUUACACCGAAUGGGAGAUUUAAGUGUAAUACAAGGUUAUGUUUGUCCAUUACAGACUUCCAUCCAGACACGUGGAACCCUGCGUGGUCUGUUUCCACCAUCCUCACAGGGCUGCUCAGCUUCAUGGUGGAGAAAGGCCCCACCCUCGGGAGCAUUGAGACCUCGGACUACACGAAAAGACAGCUGUCGGCCCAAAGCCUGGCCUUCAACCUCAAGGAUAAAGUGUUCUGCGAGCUGUUUCCUGAUGUCGUGGAUGAGAUAAAACAGAAACAGAAGGCUCAGGAGGAGUUAAGCGCCCGCACACAGCCCCUCCCCUUACCUGACGUGGUGCCCGACGGUGACCCCCAACACGCCCACUACGGCAUCCCUCCCCUUAACGGAGGUCCCGUCCCGCUCGCAGGUGCCAACCCUGCCCCUGGUCUGCAGCAGGCCAACCGCAACCACGGACUUCUGGGAGGGGCUCUGGCCAACUUGUUUGUGAUUGUAGGCUUUGCUGCGUUCGCCUACACAGUCAAGUACGUGCUGAGGAGCAUAGCUCAAGAGUGAGAGGAGCUGGCUUUGUAGGGUGACCCCCCCCACCCUGCAGACAAGCCAGUUAGUGGACUCCAAAUUCUACAAACACACUACGAGGGGGGAGGGAUGUUCAGUCCAGGGUCAAACCCUCCACAGCCACCACCACCAAGGACUAUGGAAGACGGAAACUCAAAGCCGACCCACCCAGGAAGGAUUGAGAGGAGGAGGUGGGGGAGUGGACACAGGGGCAGGGGUUGUGAGGGGCUUAUUAAUAAGGUUGUGAUCCACUCUGGGCUUCGGAGGUUAAGGUCAGCAAUAGAUACAGACUUGGCUCAUGGGUUGUGGUAGAGCGUUAAAGUGAUGUCUUGUAAACAGGCCACAGGUUGUCGCAGCGUGUCCGAAGACACCAACACGAACGUGCUCUACUGAGGUGGAACGGAGCGCAGCAUUAUUCCACUGCAAUGUCUCAACAGCACUGAUAAAAUCUAACCCUAAUCCUUAUCCUUAAAUUAAGUCUCAUGCCGGUCUCUGCUACAGAAAGCCUUUUCCUCUGCAUUGUUUCCAUUCAACAGUCCCCUCCGGGUGUGACGACAUGGCAGUUUUGAAAUUCAAGAGAAAAGAUUCAGGAGAAGUAUGCGUGAUCUUUCAGAUAUGUGCGUGUUAUAUUUCAGCAUCAGAUUUCUUCACCUGCAGAGUCUGGUUCAAGGAAGUAUCAUUUUUUCUCAGGUUUAAAAAAAAGAGCAGUCAGUCAAACGGAGAAUAGACAGUUGUCUGAAGUUUAAGCACAUUACCUGAUAGCUCACUUCAUCAGUUCUCUGUCAAACACUCGCAGGUUUCAUAUACGUGUGUGUGUUUCCAUCACAAACUGAACAUCAGAGAUGAAAGGAAGGUUGCCUUUAUUGAGAUGAGAAAGUAGAUUAUGAAGAUUUAAGACCUCAUUUAUGACCUGCAAACAUCAACAUGCUCAUUGGUUAUCAGUGACUAAUAUCAAACAGCAAACUGCACGUGCAGAAAGAUAAGCGUCCCUAUGAAAGCAUAAUAGGAUCUAUGUGUAAUCAGUAGAUUCUAUUUUUGAUGAUGCAACGCUGUCAAAACGAGUGAGUUAAAAAAGCAGUUUUGUUGCAGCAGGGUAUUGACGAGUGUUUGCAAAUAGAUAAAUGACAGAAAAACCAACUAGGGCCCGUCGCUCUGUUGAAGAGAGACUGACGCACGGUCAAGGUUUGAAGGGAGUUCAGUUGUUCCCAGUCAACCCAUGAGCCAAGCACUGAACCAGUGUCUGCGCAGGAUGUCAGACCAGGACCUCUUCUUUUCCUUUUUCAAUUGGCUUAGCUGACCAGUAUAGUAUAGCUCUAUAUAGGUCCAAGGAAGGAGACACAGGAAAAGAACCAACAGUUUUGUGUCUUUUAUGUUAUUAUUUUUUUCUUUAUUUUUGUUCUCUUUAUUUAUAGAGAAAAUCUGGGCCUGUCUGUCCCAACUCUGAGGAAACUUCUAGUGUUCACUAAACGAGGUGUCAUAAUGGACAAACGCGCAGACAGGUCACGGCCCAGACUCCCAUAAUUGCUGAUAAUUUACUGUUGUGCAUUGCAUUUAGUAAAGAUGGUUCUAUUGUGUAUCAAAUGUUUCAACAGCAAACUGAUCUGACGGCAGAAGAUUGGCCUUUGUAUUGCUCUUUUCUCUGCACCAUCUUUAAAAAACAAAAAUAAACUGAUGAUGGUGGAGUGCGUUUGUGUGAUUAUCCAGCAAAUGCCCACAUUUCCAUGCUUCAGUUAAUCCUGUGUAACAUAUGUUUUCAUAGUAAAUGCAAAUAAAUAACUCUGCUUUGCAGGGCCUUUUAGAAAACCUU